UACCACGGAAAUAACCCCGGGUGUUCAUUAGGCUGAUUUGGGUGUGUUGCUAGGCAACUCGGGGCAACAAGGGGGAUUUUAUGUAUUCUUUUGGUAGGUACAGGUCUCUGUAGAGAUUUCCAGGUAAGUAACAGAGCCGUGGGAGAAGCUGAUCAGCUGCCACACCAGAAGUUAAGUCCUACAAACUUAACUUUCAAGAGGAGUUUUUCCAAGGAAGAAAUUGGAUUAGACCCAGAGAUGACGUACCCUGUUUGAUUUCUUUUCUCCUUGCACUCUGACCAGCUUUGUGUUUAGGCAGGCUUUUGUUUCUGGCUCCGAGUUGCUUUAAAAACAUUUGGGAGUGUGUCUCGGGGUGUUAAGGGUGAUGUGCUUAGCUUGAUUGGCGCGGCUUGCUUGGGAGUGCUUUGUUCUUCCCACCACCCUCAGGUCAGUUGUGCAACAUGCCCCUGCUGCUCAAAAAGAAAAAAGGAAAAAAAAAAAAAGAGAAAUGCUGAGUAAUGCCAGAGGUUUCUCAAAUGGCUGAUGCAAACCUGGAGAAUUUACAUCAUCAUUCAGCUGGAGUAACUUGGUAUGACAAGAGCUUAAAUACAAGUCCAUGCGGAAGCUGAGCUGGUUCCCAAUGAUAGGGCAGUACCAGCUCGCAGUGUGAAAGUGCAGGUGUUCCUGAGCAGUGCUCUGAUUGCAGUAAAAGCUCAAAUACACUUCAGGAGCGCUCUACCUGUGUGUAGGAGCAGCUGGAAAGAUAAGAGAGGGCAGAGGAAGAGACCAAGUGGUUGGCUACACAGAGGUGGUGGUGGGGGGGAAGUCUUGAGUUUCUGCUGAAAACUUUUUUCUCUGUGCUUGCUGUCCGUGUGCUGGUGGCACUGUAGCAUGUAUAGGAAGGCUGCUGUAACCACGGUCUCUAAUGGAAGCUACUUUCAGGGGCAAGCUAAUGGCAGGUUGCCCUCUAUGGACAGCGAACAGCCAGCCCAGGAGGGAAAAGUUGUGCUGAAGAAGAAAGUGACACUUUUGAGAGGGAUAUCCAUCAUAAUUGGCACUAUCAUUGGAGCUGGCAUCUUCAUCUCUCCCAAAGGCAUCCUGAAGAACACGGGCAGUGUGGGCAUGUCCUUGACUGUCUGGACAGUGUGUGGUAUCCUCUCGCUCUUCGGUGCCCUCUGCUAUGCUGAAUUAGGAACGUGCAUUAAGAAAUCUGGUGGUCACUAUACUUAUAUCCUGGAGGCCUUUGGCCCCUUACCUGCUUUUGUGAGAGUCUGGGUUGAGUUACUCAUCAUUCGCCCUGCUGCCACAGCAGUGAUAUCAUUGGCCUUUGGACGUUACAUUUUAGAACCUUUCUUUAUGCAGUGUGAAAUCCCAGAACUUGCAAUUAAACUUAUUACAGCUGUUGGCAUCACGCUGGUGAUGGUCCUGAAUAGCACAAGUGUCAGCUGGAGUGCCCGCAUACAGAUAUUUCUUACCUUCUGCAAGCUUGUAGCAAUUCUGAUAAUUAUAGUCCCUGGAGUUAUCCAGCUAAUUAGAGGAGAAACACAGCACUUUAAAAAUGCCUUUGCGGGGAAUGAUGCCAGUGUUAUGGGAUUGCCACUUGCUUUCUACUCCGGAAUGUAUGCCUAUUCAGGCUGGUUUUACCUCAAUUUUGUUACUGAAGAAGUGGAAAACCCUGAGAAAAACAUACCCCUCGCAAUAUGCAUUUCAAUGAUUAUCGUCACAGUUGGCUAUGUGUUAACAAACGUGGCUUAUUUCACUACAAUCAGUGCUGGGGAAUUGCUCCUUUCAAAAGCUGUAGCAGUGACCUUUGCUGAACGACUGAUGGGAAACUUUUCUUUAGCUGUACCAGUAUUUGUUGCUCUCUCCUGCUUUGGAUCUAUGAAUGGCGGCAUUUUUGCAGUCUCCAGGAUGUUCUUCGUUGCAUCCCGUGAGGGUCACCUUCCGGAAAUUCUCUCCAUGAUUCAUGUCCGCAAGCACACUCCUCUGCCAGCUGUCAUUGUUUUGCAUCCUCUCACAAUGAUAAUGUUAUUCACCGGUGAUCUCUACAGCCUCCUGAAUUUCCUCAGUUUUGCCAGGUGGCUUUUUAUUGGACUGGUAGUUGCUGGGUUGAUUUAUCUCAGAUAUAAACGUCCUGAUAUGCCUCGUCCUUUCAAGGUACCUCUAUUUAUUCCAGCGUUGUUUUCCUUCACCUGCCUCUUCAUGGUUGCACUGUCACUUUACUCUGAUCCAGUGAAUACAGGGAUUGGAUUUGCAAUAACCCUGACUGGAGUUCCUGCCUACUACUUCUUUAUUGUAUGGGACAAUAAGCCAAAGUGGUUCAAAAACCUCCUAGACAAGCUAACUGUGACAUUGCAAAUCCUCUUGGAAGUCGUCCCAUCAGAGGAAGACCAGAAAUCAUGAUCUUCAUGUACAGCUUUUGACUUGGUGUUUCAUUUCUACCUGAGGAAGAGGGUAGGGGGAUUUAUCCCCUCACCUUAUCUUCUUCUGCAAACUGGAGGGACAAGACACAGCUGAGAUGGAUACCUAGCGAGUCAAUUACCAGACCUAUAUUUUAUGAUGUUGCAAAUUUUUGUUUUAAUAUGAUUGGUUUAUGUGUAGAAAGCAAGAACUUGUGCUACGAGGGAGCUAAUCUCUUCACUAUUUCUUUUGUUACAGUGUCAUAUUUUAACAAACCUUAGGUUCUUCAGACUAGGAUUUUGAGAUGCAUUGUCACUGAAAAUAGGUUUAAGUAAUGUGUAAGUAGUAGUCGUGUACUGUGAAGAAUGUAUCCUGCUUGCUGUCCCUGAACAGCCUGACUCUCUUCAGAGAAAGGAUGAGAUAAAGUUGCUGAGUUUCACUUACUAGCGUUCUUCCCAUCACUCCACUUGGUAGCCCGAUUUGGCAACUUCUGGCUCACUUGGAGCACCAGCAUGCUGAUGCAGAAGCACAACUGUUUCCACACCUUUGUGGUGACAAGUUUCUUCAUUCCAGGGUUGUUCUGCUAUACCUGAUAGGAACAUCUGAGAAUUAGUAUUCCUGACAGUGAAGCAGGAAGAUUUUAGCCUGGGGACUGAUUUUAUACAUGUUAAAGUUACUACCAGUCUGGAAUUGGUGACUGGUUUAGCCAAGGUUUCUCUGUGUACGUAUGUAUAGGAAAUACAGAAAAUGAGUAAUCACCUCCAAAUGAGUGAAAACAUUUAGAUGCAGCCUCCGUUGCUAUAUGAGUAUUUUCUAUCGGGAAGCUUGUGGACCUUCAGUUAUCAGUCAGGCAAAACUGAUUUUAAAGUUUUAUAUCAUUGUCAGUGGGCAGAAAUAAAUAAUAGUUACUACUAAGAAUACUGUAUAGACAAGGCAAUAAAUGAAAUACCUUUUUAUGAAUAAGGUAUAGGCAAGCUACAACAGAUCUGUUGAUUUGAGUAGGAUAUUUGCCUAAUCUGUGGGCUUGAGAUUCGAGCACACUCCAAUUAACUGGGCUCUGAAACACCAAGGAAAAGGUGCUCUGCCAAUGUCUUCUUUGCAGUUUUAUCUCAGCAGAAACAGAGAAAGGCCAUGAAAACUGAUAAACUCAAAUGAAAUUCAUCUUCAGAAUGAUGUUCAAGCUGAAAUUUGGCUCAAAUGUGAGCUCAUUUUACUCUUUUUUAAAAACAGUUGUAGAUGAAAAGAUUUAUAAUGCUUAGAAAUUCAGUUUUAUAUUGUUAGUCAGACUACUCAACCUUAAGAUUAAGGUUUGUUAUCACUCUAUCAAGAAUAUAAUGCUUAAAUAUUUAAUGCACUACUUUUUGAGCUGUAUGCUGUCAGUAAGUCAUAUGUUUCAAGGAAAAAUUUAUGGAACUAAGCAACAUUAAACUUCCUAAACUGGGAGAAAAGUACAACUAGUAGCCAUACCACUACAGUAGAGGGAGACUGUGUAUUGUAUAUAUGUUGUAUAUAUCCAAAAUAUCAACUGUUUUAAGGGUGUACAGGAAAAUGCCUUAAAUUUAUACAUGUUUUUCUUUCUUGUAUUUCUAUGGUGGAAUUUCAUAGAAGUAGAGAAAUGUGAGUAAUUAAUUCUGUAGAAAAGUGGUAAUUUAAGACACAGAAAACAUCUUGCAAACACUUUUUUCUUAAAAUGUUUUCUGUUUACAGUAACUUAAAAUGUUAUUUGAAACUUUUUUAAGCAAACAUUUUGAGAGAGAUUUUUAUAUUGGCAGUGCAUGUG